GAUCGCCGGUCUCUUCCUCCUCCUCCUCUGGCGCCUGGCGGGAAGUGGCGCGACGUCCGUGAAAACGGACGGCGAAAGAACAAACUCCCGCUCCGGGUAAGGGUAGAGGAAGGGCUCUUCCUCCUCGUCCUCACUCGAGGGCCAGUAUCUCCACACGGAGUAAGCGUCCUGGGGGCUCGGCUUCAAGGCUGGAGUCAGGACGGGUCUCCUAGUCUCCGGAGACUGCCACGACCGGGAGAGCGAGCAGGCUCCGAGACGGAUCGUCGGCUCCUCUGUUCUCCCUCUCCGCUGCUUCUUCUUUUUUCGGUCCGUCAUUCUGUCACGGGAGAUCGCGGGCAGAGCGGCGAUCGUGAGGGCAAGCGGGGAAUCAGGAAGCAGGCAGGCAGGAUUCGGGACGAACAGGGUUUAUUUAUAAAGAUAUCCGGGGCAGGGAACACUGGACGGCAACAGACAUCAAUGACAGACAGUGGACUCAGGUAAGACACGGACUGAAAUACACAGGACUGAGCAAAUUAACUAGAUACAGCUGGGUACAAUCGGGAGAAAACACGUGGGUAAUCAGGGGGCGUGGCACACAGGAGGAGCGGACGAGCCGGGCAUGACAGGUAAGAUGCCAUCAGGGCUCUGUGAUUUAUUUAUUUUGAGCUUAGCUAGGCUACUGUGAACUGCCGUGUAAAAUAAUCAUUAAACUCAUUUACUAUAUCAAUUUCAUUUUCAAUUGUAAGGCCCUUACUAUCCUGCAAAUUAGUAAUUGCAGCUUUUAGAGCUCUUUUGGAGUUAAAAUAUUGGAAGAAAGUUUUAAUGUCAUCCUUAGUCUCCAAUGCAGUCUUCCUUUCUACAUUCCUCUUGACGAGUCUAAUGUUAUUUUUUAGCACUCCUGCUUUAUUCUGAAAUCAUUAGUUAUUUUCCAUUUGUGGAGCCCAUUUCCUCCUGACUUUAUGCUUCAUUUCCGUAGUAAGCCACCUUGGUUGCAGUUCCCUAGAUUUAGUUUUGCUGGAAACAGGUAUGAAGUCCUCUUGCAUUUGCAAUAAUGUGCUUUUAGAAAAUUCCCAUGCCUCUUCAACCGUUUUGCUAUUUAACUCAAUCCAGUUUACAGUUUCUAGUUUCAGUCUCAUACCAUUAAAGUUAGCCUUCCUAACAUUGUAUACUUUUGUUUUGGACUUAACAUUAAUCACAAAUUUAACCAUGUUAUGAUCACUACCGUUCAGUGGUUCUAAAACCUCUAAUUUUCCAAUCUUAUCCUGGUUAUUAGAGUGGCAGCUGUUAUAGCAGCAAAAAAGGGACCAAUUCCAUAUUGAUGCCUAGGGGUUUCUAAUUGGAUGUCAUAAAAGUUCCUGUAGUCUCGACAUCAAUUCCAUCUGAUGAAAAAAAUAAAAAAAAAGAAUAAAGAAGAAAAAUCUCAGGUAUGAGCACCGAUGCACAUUUAUAAGAUUGUUUACAAAGGGGAAAUGGCAUAGAAUAAGUAUUUAUAAAGAAUUAUAAUGAAUAUCAUUUUAUGUAAAUGUAUGCUGAGGACCCAAGCCGCUUGGCCAGGCCGAAGGGAUGCCUACAUAAGACCUGGCUGCGGCAGAUGGAUGGCCAUUUCUGGAGGGUGGGACUGGACCAUGUGUCUGUCUGGGCGGUUGUCGACCAGGAUCCCAAGAAGUUUUGCCAUAUGUCUCAACAUCGAGUCCAUCUGAUGAAGAAAUGGAAAAAAAAGAAGAAAGUAAAAGACCUGGUACGCUUACUGGUCGGCUUCACUGACAAGAAGAUGGAAGCAUACGUAAGAUCUCAGGUAAACUAUAUACAGCCACAGGGCCAUGUGGCGCGUUUCCCUGAGUGGAAUCCAGCUCAGAGGACCAGGCCAAAGGGACGCCCACGUAACACCUGGCUGCGGCAGAUGGAUGGUCUUUUCCAUUGGGUGGGACUGGACCAUGUGUUGCUCGCCGGCAGGGAUCCCAAGAAGUUUUGCCGUAUGCAGAUGAAGAAAAGAAAAAAGAAGAUCAAAGUAAUGGACUCCAUUAAGAGGAUGAAGUCAUACGAUGUUUAUUCUCAGGGUCUUUCGAAAGAUACAGACGUCUUGGUGUAUGAUUGUUAUAAGCUAAGAAAUGUACAUUCCAUUAAGGAUUUUACUAUCGAAGGAAUUUUACAGCAGGAGGGUUUUGUCAUAUUUACCUUUGAAGACAUGAAUCUUGUUGCUUACGUGUGUAAUAUGAGUAAUUGGAAAUUUGAGAAGAAUUUUGCUUUACUGCAGAUGAAUCAGCAAGAACAAUGUGCUAAGAUACUACCUUCUGCCAUUUUAAGUAAACAUGGAUCGCCCUCCAAGAUGGGAGUGAUCCACAUUAUUUGUCAUCCUGUUAGGGGGGGUGUUGAUCGAAAUUUCAUUUUUGAGGAAAGAAAGUGCCUCGUUAUAUAUCCCAAUUAUCCCCAGUUGAUGAAUGGAGAAUUGAGGUAUAUACCACAUUUAUUUAAUAGGCCUUUGGCCUCCCAAAUCUUUGAGGAAAUUUGCCAGUUCAUAAACAGAGCAUUUCUUUCUGCUGGCAUCCUUUAUUAUGAAUCUCAUGGAGAUAUACACAGGGUGGCUGAAUAUAACAUAUUACAGUCUUUGUUCUUAGAGAACUGGCAAGUCUCUCCGCACCAUGCUGCAGUCUGUUUCAUUUAUGUUAAGAACCACUCGACAGCUACCGGCUUCUUGCUGUUUGAUCGUUAUAUCCUAACAAAUGCACAUGUCAUUAACGAUAAUAUUGACAAAGGAGUUUUAAAUCGGGAGGUUUUUGCCAUAUUUACCUAUGAAGACAUGAAGGGUGGAACAUACUUCCUCCCUUUAAAAGUAAAACCAGAAGUUCCUGCUCACUGUUUUAAUAGUCAGCAAAUCGGCAUGGAUUUUGCUGUACUGGAGCUAGAUCUGCAGGAGUAUGAGGCUCAGAUACUACCGCCUGCUCUUCUAAGUACAUAUGGACCUCCAUCAGGGAUGAGAAACAUCUACAUCAUUGGUCACCCUGGUGGUGGGGGAAAAACGAGUGAGCUAUGUCCCAUUACUCAAGAUCCCAUCUGUUUAGAGGGUAGAAUAUUCAGGUAUAAAACAAAUUUCACAGAAGGAUCCUCGGGCUCCCCAAUCUUCGGGGAAAAUUUACAGUUGCUAGGCAUACAUACUGGUGGCGACAAAUUGAGUAAUGGAAGUGCGAAUGGUUUUGGCAUUUCCAUGAAGAUUAUAUUAGAGAAUUUGCUCCUACUGAUGAUACAACAAAACAAACGUGAACCUCUGUUAAAAUUUAUCCUUGCAGCAACGAAAGGUGAACAUACCAUUGGUGUAAUUUCCGAAUUUAUCUGGAAAGUCUUCAGGAGGCAAGGUUUUGAGGGUGUUUUAUCAAACGUCAUCACUGCUGCAAAGAUGUGUAGUGAAGUCCAAAAGCUGUCUACCCUUCUUUAUAAUAUGGGACAAACAGAUUCUGAGAGACAGAUGAUCUCGCAACAUUUUCUGAGUCCAAGUCAGAUUCCUAGGGAGGAUGAGGACGUGAUGGAAGUUGACUACAAACCAGAAACACCUAACCAGAAUUACUGUCAUGUGCCUAGGCCAUUUCAAUAGGUGCAUAUGUCAUUAAGGAUGUUACUGUUUCAGGACCACCACAAUUGUUCUGGUAACUACCUUUCCCAAGAAAAAGUUUCCUGAUGUUUAUUUUAAUAAAGCCAAUAAAAAAAAUGACA